CGAGGGAGGGGGCGGCCAACCCGGCGGGGGAUUUCUCACCUUUGCCGAGUUUGGCCGGCCCCAGACACGCGGUAGAAAAGUUCUGCAUGCAGGAAGUUUGGAGGCAGCUCGGAGAGUAACUCAGCAGCUGCGGCUGCUGUUUCGGGUGGUGGUGUUUUUUGUUUUGGGGUUUCUUUUGUGUGUGUCUUCUUGUUGUUUCUUCCCCCCCCACUCCCUACAAAUCCCUCAAACACACAAGCAGCCCGCAACAACAACAAACUAAAGUUCGGGAACGGGGAAAGAACACGAGAAAAGGAAGCACCCUCGGUGGGAAGAGCCGGCUUCUCUGCAGAGACGCGGUCCCGUUCCCAGCCGAUCCCAAUGCAACUGCUCAUCUUCCUCCUCCUCCUCUACGCUGUCGUCUGUGCGAACUUUUGCAGCCGUCAGGGCACCACUGCCCCUGCCCAGAGCGGAUCUAUAAAAGCCUUGCGAUCCUCGAAUAUCAGGCGAGAUGAGAGCAAUCACCUCACAGACUUGUACCGAAAAGAAGAGACCAUCAGCGUGGCAGGGAACGGCUGCAUCCACAGUCCACGCUUCCCCAGCAGUUACCCCAGGAACCUCUUGCUGACAUGGCGGCUCCACUCUGCAGAGAGGACAAGGAUCCAGCUGGCUUUUGAUAAUCAGUUUGGACUGGAGGAGCCCGAAAAUGAGAUCUGCAGGUAUGACUUUGUGGAAGUGGAAGAUAUAUCAGAGACCAGCACAGUUAUACGAGGACGGUGGUGUGGACACAAGGAAGUACCUCCAAGAAUAACAUCAAGAACAAAUCAGAUAAAGAUAACCUUCAAAUCCGAUGACUACUUUGUGGCUAAACCUGGAUUCAAGAUUUGUUACUCCCUUGUGGAUGAUUUCCAGCAUGCAGCCUCAGAAACCAACUGGGAGUCAGUCACAAGCUCUUUCUCAGGGGUAUCCUAUCCCUCUCCAUCAGUGACUGACCCUACGCUCACGGCAGAAGCUCUGGAUCAAACCAUCGCAGCAUUUGACACGGUGGAGGAUCUGCUGAAACACUUUAACCCUGACUCCUGGCAAGAAGAUCUUGAGAAUUUGUACACAGACAGUGGCCACCAUUAUCGAGGCAGGAGCUACCAUGACAGGAAGUCCAAAGUUGACCUGGACAGGUUGAAUGAUGAUGUGAAACGUUACAGCUGCACCCCGAGAAACUACUCUGUCAAUUUAAGGGAGGAACUGAAGCUGACAAAUGUAGUUUUCUUCCCCCGCUGCCUCCUUGUCCAGCGCUGUGGAGGAAACUGUGGCUGUGGGACUUCAAACUGGAAAUCCUGCACAUGCAUGUCAGGGAAAACAGUGAAAAAGUAUCAUGAGGUGCUGAAAUUCAUCCCUGAGGCUGGGCAUCCCAGAAGAAAAGGCAGAACCAGGAACAACAUGGCCUUAAUAGAUAUACAGCUGGAUCACCAUGAGCGUUGUGAUUGUAUCUGCAGUUCAAGACCACCCCGAUAGAUACAUACAUACAUACAUACAUGCAUACAUACAUACAUACAUACAUACAUACAUACAUAAAAGAAAAAAACAGGACACACUGAUUGCAGCUUACCAGAUGUUUACUUUUAAGCAGGAUUGUUCUGAGGACCUUUACUCACUAAUAAUUUGAACUUUGCUACUAGCCUGCCUUUGCAAUUAGCAAAAAUGAUUGCUGUGUUUCAGCAUAGCUGUGCUGAUUAGUGCCAUGGCAGCUGAACAGGUAUAUCGUAGAUUUAUGUAUCAGCAUCCAAGAAUAUAGGAUUAUGGUUAUCUGUAGCUAGAUUCUGAGGGUUGAGAUUUUCAAAGCUCACUUAUAGUGAGCUUUAGGCACCAUGCCCACUGAAGUGAAACACCAGUUGUAUAGGUAUUUGUGGUAUCUGGCAAUGAAAUAGUGUGGCAUUUGUGUUUCUCACUUACCAGUUCCUACACUCAAAUUUUGCUGCCAUUUUUACCUGCUCAGCUCUCCUAACAAUAAGCAGGGUUUUGUGAAUAUAAGUGAAGAGAGAAUUUGAGCCUGUAUGAGUGUAAAAUGGUUUGUCCCACUCCGAGAGGGAACUGCCCAGCAUUCUAGCCCAACAGAGUGAGCUAUAACGAGGAGAAUCCAUCAAUACAUGAAAUAACAUGCCACUAAAAUGAAAUCUCAUUGUUUGUACUUGAGCAAAUUGUGUGCUGAAAAGAGUAGAUGCAUUGCAUAAGCUGGGACACUGGUGGAGAUCAGGGGGUGCAGAGGCUGGUACUUUUGCCAUGGUGACUCCAUUAGAGCCAUCACCUGGGUGCUUCUGCAAGAGGGGGCUCCUGCCAGCUCCCCAGGCAAAUUCCUGUGGCCUGGGGCUGAUUCUGGUCUCUACCUACCUGGACUGGACUCCUGUCCCUUGCUCAGAGCUGCCCACAGUUGCCCAGUAGGAGCCUCCUCUACAUGAAAAGGGAGAGACAGCAUCCCUGUUGUAUCCUCGCUGUGGUUUGAGGAGUGCCGUGUUUCCCCAUGCAGGCGAUGAAGAUAAGGCACUUGUUUGUUGAAAAUAUUGAUUUGUUUUGCAGUUGUGUUACUGCAAAACAAAAUUGUGCUUGAGAUUUAAUUAUCAUUAUUUGGUUUGGGGUUUGUUUGUUUGUUUUAAAUAUGGAUUAUUAUAGCUUUGUCAUAUAUGCAUUAAUCUUAGUUAUCUGAGGUUAGUUGUCUCAUUUCAGCUCUGUGUAUUGCCAUGGUUAAGCUGUUGACGGUGAAUUUCAUUUGAUUGCAUUUUGCUGAAGCAUAUUAACUCAUUAAGCAAUGUCUGUCUGUCAUGGAAAACGUGCAUCAUUUAUUAACUUCCAGAAGAAUAUUAUUAAACACCACCUCAUAAUAAAAUAAGCAUUUUAAAAGCUGCGGCAUAGCUUCCUGUACCUUUUAAAAUAUUAUGAAGUGCUGUAGCUGAAAAAGGAAAAAAAGAUCCUUCCAAACUAGUAUUAAAGAUUUUUUAAUGCUGCUCCUGAAGUGUAAAAUUCAGGCAGAUUUAAGUCUGGCAAGGAAAUGGAGUUUUGAUCAUAAAUAUAACAGAAGGAACGGGGCAGCAUGUUUAAUGACAAGACAUUGAUUAAUCUUGUUCAUGUUGCCACUUGUAUUUCUGUCUCUCUGAAAGAGUGAAGUAGGUUGACAAUAGUGUGUUAUAAUUAGUGGAAACAGGCAUGUGCUAUAGUAUAAUAUAGAGAGCCUUCAAGCCAGUAUGUUUUAGCAACGUACAGUUUUGUUACAAAAAUGCCCUAAUGUUCUGACCCUCUUCAGCAGCUCAAGUAUUUUAUAAGUACUCUUUUAUAAUUUUAGCAAAACUUUACUGAAUCAUCCCUUCAAAAUGUUGUGUUACUUUUAUUCCUGUGCUUUAACCUUUGAGAUUCAGUAAGUGUGGGGUUUUAUUAUUUAUAUUAAUUUUUUCCUCUCUGGCUCCAAGAUGUCUAUUUAAAAAUGCUCCUGGAUGCUGACUUGGGAAGUGAUUCAUCUUUUUUCAAAGCAAUUCUCAUUAAAACAACAGCACGUAACCAAAGAUGGCCAGCUUUGUUUCAUAGUUUAGGGCUAUUUAAAGAAGAUUUGAUUCUUUUUCUGGCUCUAGCUUCACAACAAGAAUGACCCAGCCCUUACGUAAUUUUUAGCUAAUUUUGGAAGAAAUUUGCGUGCAAGACCUUAGCAGUACUGAUUGUUUUUGAGGCAGUGCACUCUGAUGUAUAUUCCUGAGUUAUGUCCAAAUUAUAUCUAAGCACUCUGGCCUCGUAGUUAGCAUUGGCUGUAGGAAGCAGCAGUUUCACAUGGCUUUGAGUGGUCCUUUUAAUUCCCACCGCCCAAGGGAAGGUAUGCAACAGACAUUCCCUGUGUCUGACACCUUCCACCCACCUCUGCUGGCCCAAUCUCCACCCCAACAGCCAUGUGUUGGGAGGGGUAUUUGUGCCUCCGAGUUUGGGGGAUCCAGCCUUGUCUGGGAGUCUGAUUUACCUCUAGAGGCAACUGGGAGAGAGAGAGGCUCUUCCAAAGUGUGCCUUAGCCCCAGAAUUGAAAUUGCCCAGUGUGGGAACUAUUUUUUCUCUCUUUUGGCUAUGUAGAAAAAUCAGAAAUAUGAUUUGGACAUCUAAGUGAUGUACACAAAGGUAGAUGGUGUGAAUACUUGCUUUAAAGACUGAACAGCUGAUAGUUUAGCUAACUGAAUUAGGUACAGGCAGCAGUGGAUGUCAGAGUCCAGCAGAAAAAUUCAGCUGUAAAGUAAAAAGAGGCUAAUGUAACAGGUAUUAUCCUCUUGCUAAUGGUGGGCUUGCUUUCUUAAAUAUAGGUUAAUCUUGUCACAAAUAUAAAGUAUUACUCCUGGGACACAUUCACUGCUUCAUGCUGCCAUCUGGCAUGCAGACGGCAUGUUCCCAGCCAGUGCAGGACAGUCAAGGAUGGGCUUUAUGUUACACUGUGGGGAUCAUAACCCAUAUUUGAACUAAGAAAAACUUCCAAAAGCCUGAGUCCCAACCUACAAUUAUCUUGGUGAAACAAAAUGCCAGCAAAACUUUGUAUUUAUUAGCAGAAAUUGCAGAGAUGUUUUUCUAUACCUUUUUUUCCCUCAUUUGUCUUUUUAAUAAUUGUUAUGUUGUUUACCUACUAUUUUAACUUAAAAAGCAAAGAAGCUAAAAAACCCUAAACCUGAUGUUUUGUAUUGGUGGAAUUGACACCUGCAAAAUAAAUAUAAAUUCAAAGGAAGUUCAGAAAGAUUCCUAAUUUCAAACCACUCACUGGCUUUUUAUUUACUGUAUUCUUCUGGGAUAGAGCCUACUUUCUCAAGUGCAAUCUCUGUAUAUUUUUUGUUGUUGUUGUUGUUGUUAUUGCUAUCUCAGUUAAAUGCAGCUUUUCUAGCAGUAUUUUUUACAUUAUGCAGUAUGUUAUGUGUCUUAUCUUGAUGAAAAAAUAAAUACUGCUUUUAAAAGAA